CCGGAUCGUUGGAUGUUGGUCUCCGCGGAUCACUGCCGUGUGGUCCGACGACAAUCGGGUUAUAUAUUGCACACAAACAUCAUGGCUACCAACAUACCCAACGUCAAGCCACACCGUUUCAUAGUGUUGGAGGUGUCUAACCGUGAUGCAUGCUGUUCCUUCCAUUGUUUCAUGUCUAAUGUCUCGGGGGUACUACGUUCAGCUAAAAGACUUCUUUCUUCCCGUCGCCCUCGCUGAUAUCUAUCUCUCUCAACCUCCAGCCGAGUUUACUUAACUCCCACCUUCUUUCUUCUCCCCUCGCAACGGAACCAUCUUCCUAGACACUCACUCACAUCCACUCCUUAUACCAACCCAGUUCAACAGUCCAAGAUGAUCCUCCUCACCAGCCUCGUCGUCUGGCUAACAUGCCUGUUCACUGCCACAUCCGCCCAGCAACCCACUGACUGUAUCAAACCCCAACCUACCUCCCAAGCCUUCUUCGUCAUGGGCUGCGGUAAGCCCAUCACCGUCGACCGUCUCGACCCCAUCGUCUCCCCCGGCCGCCCCUCUCAGCACUUACACACAGUAAUGGGCGGUUCCGCCUUCGAUUUCGACCUAGACUACAACAAAACCCAAACCUCCAACCGCACCACCUGCUCCGUGUCCAAAGAUCUAUCCAACUACUGGGUUCCCACCGUUUAUUUCCACGACAAGAAAAACCACACUUUCACCGCCGUCGAGCAGGUGGGCGGCAUCAACGUCUACUACCAAGAACGCAUGGACUGGACCGAUUACUGCGCCGGCCAAGAGCUGCUGGCGUUCCCCAAGGGGUUCAAGAUGAUCGCGGGCGACACUACCCGCCGCGCCUUCAACUCUUCUAGGGUUGAAGACGGAGCAGUCGAGUUCAUCUGCCUCCUCACCAACAACGAACCCGGCCUGCCCCCCUUCUCCGGCUUUCCCAACCGCACUUGCGACGGCGGCUUGCAAAUCCGCAUUCGCUUCCCAUCUUGCUGGGACGGUGUCGGACUCGGCACUUUCUCUUCUUCUUCUUCUUCCUCCCCCAAUUCAAAUUCAAAUUCAAAUUCAACAGGAACAGCGAGCGCGUACAACAACACCCACGUCACAUACCCCUCCCGCCUCGACACCGGCACCUGCCCGCCCACCCACCGCUACCGCAUCCCGGCGUUGCUGUACGAAAUGACGUGGGCGGUAGACGCCUUCAACCACCUCCGCACCCCCGGCGAUCAGCCGUUUGUCUUCUCCAACGGCGACAAGACAGGGUACGGAUACCAUGCGGAUUUUUUCAACGGGUGGGAUGUGGAUUUGUUGCAGAAAGCGAUUAGAGACCCCAGCUGUGGGAACGAGACGGGGGGACGGAUCGAGAGGUGUGGCUCUUUCAGGGAGUUUUUGCAGAGUAAUGAGGUGCAGAAUCAGAUUGAGGGGUUGGAGCAGAAGGUGGAGGGGGAGUGGAAGGGGGUUUUGGAGGGGGGGGAGUUGCCGGGGGGUGUGAGGGUUGGUGAGUGAGGGCUGAUAAGUUAGGAGUGAGUCUGUCCAGAAUCCAGAUGAUCGGUGUAAUGAACAGAAGAAGGAUGCAUGAGCAGCGCGUCAAUCACUUUGUGCGG